AUGAGGUUUAUAUUUAUCGCUCUGUCUGUUCUUCAUUUCAACACGUUUGCAGACAUCUGUAGAAGUGCCAGGGAUUGCAGUUUUCAUUGUCACAACAACCAAGCACAAUGCUCAUUUGGUCACUGUGUCUGUCAGGCUAUUUCAGCUUUCUGUUCAUCUAACAAUGAUUGUAGCAGCCAAUGCCACAAUGGAGAACAUCCACAUUGCUCACAUCACGGAGGUGGAUCUUUCUGUCGUUGUUAUGAAUGUUUAACAGAUAGUGAAUGUUUCUGCCCACAUGAUGAGACAGGAAAGUGUCAUCAGGAAUUCAGCUUUGGCACCUUCCGGAGUCAUUAUUGUCAAUGUCAGGUUCAAAGUACAACUACUGCAACUUCUACUACUACCAUUUCUACCACUACCACCAUGCCAUUGGCUCCAUUGGAAUGCAAUGGCCACAAGAUCAGUGUCAUUGAAUCAAUCGCAGAAAAUAUACAUGUGGAGGACAGCAGAGCGUCACUGUGUCCCAGUAAUAAUAAACACCAGUCUUCUGAGGCCUUCGUCAUCCACAAAUGUAAUACUACUGAGAGGACCUCAUGGAUGCAGGGUUUAUCGGUGAAAUCAUCGUGUAAAAACAUUCAGCCGUACACGCCUGUUGCAACGUUCUUCGAAAAUAGCAAUGAUAUGGCUGGCUUUUUCAUUGGCUGCACUGAUUCUGGGAAUGGUUUUACGAUUGCCGCUCAGACGUGCAGCGAUGCCCCUAUGAUCCUCACACUGAACGAGACAACUACUCCUCGUAUGUCCGAUUUCUACACCAUAAAGGAGUGGAAACCAGCAUAA